AUGGCAUUGCUGAGUGUCUGUGGCUGGGAUGGAGAGUCUACAGUUCAACCAGGAGAAAGCAAUCCUCAUUUAUUUCCAAAUUUCAUUUUAGGUCAUCCUCAUCUCCUUCAACCUGCUGACAAGCUUUCUACUUCUCACCAUCGCAGCACUGGUCCCCCACCACCAGCACAUGGCACUACCACCCUUGCCUUUCUGUAUGCAGAUGGUGUUGCUGUUGCAACAGACUCUCGUGCCUCCGCUGGAAAUCUUGUCUGCAGCCCUGACAGCCGUAAAGCAUUUGUUAUCCACCGUCAUUUGCUGGCCACCACUUCUGGGAGUUCAGCUGAUUGCCAUUUCUUUGGACGAGCUUUGGCCAGAGAGUGCAGGCUCUACCAGGUGCGGAAUGGGUACAUGCCAAGUGUUCGAGGGGCAGCAAAAAUGUUGAGCAUCUUAAUGAUGCCAUUCCGUGGAACAGAUGUCUGUGCUGCCUUUACAUUAUGUGGAUGGGACAGAGAUGGCCCUUGCAUCUGUUAUGUAUAUAAUGAUGGGACUCGUCUCAGCUCAGAUAUCAUCUCAGUUGGAUCAGGUUCUCCAUAUGCAUACAGCAUUAUAGAUGAGGGCUACAAACCUGGAAUGAAGGAAGAGGAAGCCCGCCAAUUAGCUAGAAGAGCAGUGUGCCAUGCAGGCCGAAGAGAUGCCUAUUCUGGUGGACUAGUGGAUGUGUACUGGGUGAAAGAAGGAGGCUGUGAAAUGGAUCCAAGAGAAGACUUGGCGCAACUUUAUGAACGUAUAGUAGAAGAAACAAAUGCUGAGAAACAAACCUCAGCAGCUGCCCCCUCCUUACAAAACCCUAUAAACCGUUAG